CUCCCCCACCCACAGCCCAGCAUGUCUUUGACCGACACCAUCAAGCUGUGGGACGAAGCGAUCACAGCGGCAGACCAGCGGCAAUGGACAACGGCGCUGGACACGUUCGCUGCCAUCCGGGAGCCCAGCUCCAAAAUCUGUUUCAACGUCGGCUCUCUGCGCCUCUCACUCGGCCAGCUGAACGAGGCGGAGAAGGCGUUCGAUAAGAGUAUCAGCAGGGAUGAGCAUUUGGCAGUGGCUUUCUUUCAACGAGGAAUAAUUUUAUAUAAAAAUGAAAAGUGUGAAGAGGCCUUGAGGGACUUUAAGGAAGCAUUUAAUCUACUCAGAGGUAAUCAGUUGAUUGACUACAAGCAAUUGGGCUUAAGAUACAAGCUGUGUGCUUGUCAAGUGCUUCACAAUUUAGCGCUGGCACAUGCCACAUUACAGGAAUGGGACAAAGCCGAACAGGUUGUGAAGAAAGCCUUAACCUUUAAAACUGAAGCCAAGCACAAUUAUGUGGAUCAAGCUCUGGAAGCUGUUUCGAAGCGAGAGCUGUUUCAGCUCCUGCUGUUUCCAGAAGGUGAAUUCUUCAGACCAAAGAAACAAGUAGUGGCCCAGCUGGAAAAGCAGGACUUUCUGGGAGAAGCCAUGGUGGUCGCAUCAAUCAUUGACAAAGAUGUAUUCUCCGGUUUUGCUCCCUUGCAGCCUGUGGCACCAGAACCUGUCCCAAAAAGGAAAGUCUCUGAAAAGUUCAAAACACUGCAGAGUAAACCUUACCGGGUGUUAUUUAACUUCAUACCGAGUAAUGAAAUGGAGCUGGAAUUGCAGCCGGGAAAUAUAGUCUUCCUGCUGGAGCAAGGGCAGGACAACUGGGCCACUGUCACGUUCAAUGAUAAGACUGGAUUAAUCCCCUACAAUUACAUCGAACCACUGGAACACACAAAGGCUGAAAGAUCACCAUCUCCUGACAUCCCUGCACCACCCAGGACAGCAGCCCCUGACAGACCACAUGGUGUGAAAGAUGUAAAUGUACCCACUAUAGCGAGGUCACAGGUAAUCGAACCUUCAAAAAAGACUGAGUGCAAAAAUCACACUAUGCCCAAAGGUUGUAUUGUCAAAAUACACUUCAAGUAUACGAUAGCUAUACGUGUGAAACCAGGGUUAUUGCUCAGCGAGUUGCUGGCUGUCAUCUGUCAGAAGUUCGAUCUGUCUGAAAAGAGACUUGUGCUGAGUUACAAAUCACAAGCUGAGGGUGAGCUCAUUCCCAUUACCACCGAAACCAAAAUGAAGAAAAUAUGGAGCGAGGUCAGUAAUCAGCGUUUGGUCAUCUGGGUCAAGUUUGUGGAGGUAGUAGCAUUAUAUGACUAUACUGUCACAGCCUCCAUUGAUCUGAGUUUUCAAGAAGGAGACAGAAUCCAAGUAUUAGCACAAGUAAACGACAACUGGCUGGAAGGGCAAUGUAAUGGAAACACUGGAAUUUUCCCAUCAUCUUUCAUCAAAGAAUUAAGCAUUGCUUAAAUUGUAAAUCUUUGAAUAAAACUUACAAGUAUUUGA